CCUCUCUCAUCUCACAAUAACCAAACCUCCUUCAAAUCUCUUCGUUCCUUGCAGAUUAGCUGUUUCGUUCUUUAGGGCUUUUUUUACAUCGCAAAUACACACAGACGAUGAGUUCGGCAGGUUCAACCAAAGGAGGGAGAGGCAAGCCCAAGUCCUCCAAAUCAGUCUCCAGAUCUCAGAAGGCCGGUCUUCAAUUCCCCGUCGGCAGAAUCGCCCGCUUCCUCAAAGCCGGCAAGUACGCGGAGCGAGUAGGUGCUGGUGCUCCGGUCUACCUCUCCGCCGUUCUUGAAUACCUAGCCGCUGAGGUUCUUGAACUUGCGGGGAAUGCUGCAAGGGAUAACAAGAAGAAUCGGAUUGUUCCAAGGCACAUACAGCUUGCGGUGAGAAAUGAUGAGGAGUUGAGCAAGCUCUUGGGGACUGUUACCAUUGCGAAUGGUGGUGUUUUGCCCAACAUUCAUCAGAAUCUUUUACCGCACAAGACCGGCAAAGGAAAGGCAGAUAUUGGAUCUGCGUCACAAGAGUUUUAGGGUUUCUGUUGUUGUCGCAAGAGUUUUAGGGUUUCUGCUGUUGUGGGAGAGUCUAAUGUCUGAAGGUUUCAAUUUAUUUGUGGUAUUAGAUCUUUGUAAACCCUGAUAUUGGGUAAUUUUGAUUGGAUAUAGAGAGGAAUGAAAACAAUAAUUUCUGUUA